GAGGAAUCUGCCUUUCUCCACGCAGAGCAUGUGAUCACUCAACACCGCAGCUCCACCGAGGCACGGGAAGCAAGGAUGAUCCUCAAACGCCACAGAGCUGCUUAAAAAAAAUCCAAGCUCUGGGUAGGAGAGAGGACAGACAUGCACAGGUGCUGCUAGAGAGAGAGAGAGAGAGAGAGAAGAGGCUGGGUGAGAGGGAGAGAGAAUCAGAGCGAGAGAGAGAGAGAGGAAGGAGAGAAGGAGCGAGGGGAGGUGUAGGAGGAGACUUGACUUGCUUCAGAAGGGAAUAGGAGCCGGAGAGCAAUUCCAAAACAGCUGUCCGGCAGACGUCCCAGUCGACAGAAGUGCAGCCCCGAGGCAGAGACAGGAGGCAGGACAGUGUCAACAAGCCACAGGAGCAGCAGCAGCCGCUGAGCUCACACACAUACAGACACACACUUCAACGAAAGGCUGCAGGAGAAACACCAGCAAGACCUGUGAAGGGUCGAGAUCCUCCCAUCAGAACAUCUGAGGAAAGUGCCCAUUUGACCUUUCUACAUCACUGGACAUCACCAGCCCUGCUUGGAAAGCCAUUUCCUGAUCAAUGCGACAAUUAUUUUUGGAGUUCUGCAUGAGCGCUUUGUUUUUGAGAAUGUAACUGGAGCUUCUUCCCUGGGGAACAGUGACAUCCACAACUCAUAGAGCAUUUCUGACUGUUCUAUCCUCCAUAUUUGAGAUCUCCUUCACAGAAGCAGCCAUGCCAGCAAAAGCACCCAUAUAUCUGAAACCCAGCAAUAACAAGAAGGGGAAAAAAUGUCGCCUGAGAGAUAUUUUGUCCCCUGACAUGAUCAGCCCACCGCUGGGGGACUUUCGUCACACCAUCCACAUUGGCAAGGGUGGGGAGAGGGAUGCCUUUGGAGACAUGUCCUUCCUCCAGGGGAAGUAUGAGCUCCUACCAGGAAAGGUCAAUGUCCACCCUCAGUAUGGAAUCCAAAGUGAGUUUCUGCGAGCAAACAGCACAGGUGAUGCUUCCGUUGCUGAGACUCCCUCUCCAGUACUCAAGAAUGCAAUCUCCCUUCCAACUAUUGGUGGUUGCCAGGCCCUCACCCUUCCUCUGAUCUCCUCCACUGUGUUCUCCUUACCACCAGAACCACUGGAGGACAUCAUGGGGCCUACAGCUUCCAUGAAACCCGACAGCAUUGAUGAGGUAGAGAUUCUGCAGAUGGAUGCUCUGUUGCGCUCCAUGGAUGUCUUCAGCAACGAGUCCUCGUCUCCCUCCACAGAAAUCCAGUCAAAGCCCGAUGUCCUCUUGGAUUUGCUGGAAAACACAGAUAAGCCCACCUCUAAGGUAGUUGCCAAAGCUAACAAAAUAAACAAGAGUGAAAGCCGAUUUGACAAGACAUCAUCAUAUUAUAUCAACAGUCACAGCAACAGCAUUUAUAAAGCCAAUGGAAGCCUGAACAGCAACACAAGCAGUGACAGCUUUGACAGCUUUAGUGGUAAAGGGGACUUCCAAAGCAAGAUCUGCAACGGAAGUGGGAGUCUCAAUGGCAAUGGUAACUGCAAUGGUUAUGGACACUUUAACAAUGACAUUACCCUGGGCUUUAAGCCGGACCUCCCCAAGUGCAGUGGAGAGUGGGUGGACAGGGACAGUGGGGUGGAAGAGGGCCGCAUCUGUGAUUUUGAGUUUGAGUUUUCCAAAGAAAAGAGCAGGUCGCAGGAUUCCCUUGCCCAAAUCACGGGGUCAUUCCUCUCCCUCGAACUCGAUCUGGGCCCAUCCAUCCUGGACGAAGUGCUCAACAUAAUGGAUAAACCUGCAGCAAAGAGCAGGCCUUGAGCUGUGCUGAGGCCCCAAGAGGAGAAAGGGGAUUAUUAACGUGUAGCCAUGAGGAGAGAAAGACUCAUAAAGCAAUCAAAAUGGUGUCUGGAUAUAUCAUUGAGAUGUAAAUCAGCUACAAUAGACAAAGCUGCUUAUGUUUUUAUUGUCAAAACAUAUAACUAAUCUAGCUUCUAUGGAGUGUUGAUUCUUCUUUGUUUCGUUUGCCAUGCCAGCAGCAUGUUAAAGAUGCAUGUGCUUUUGAGUUACAGCUAAACCACAGCCAUCGUGCCUUUGAUUUUCAAUUACUGUAAAAAUGCUACAUGACAGAUUGGUGUUCUUAUGUUGACUUCCACAGUAUAAACAAAAUAGCUUUGAGAUCCUUUGCUUUUUUACAGUCUCAAUUCUUGCAUUUUGUGACUUUGUGUGUUUAACAAAGCACUGUUUUCACACGAUUCAUUUGCCACAUUAAUAUUUCCAACAACAGAACACUAUGCAUAUUUGUGUUUUUAAUAUUGUAACACAAAUAAAUUAAUUUUUUCCUA